UCAGGGUCGUCUGAGCGGGUUCAGGGCUUCCUUAUGGCUGGCGCGCUAGGCUCCUGAUAGUUCUGCGCUGAAGGUGGGAGACUGGUGUGCUUUGUAUAUUUUGUGGAAAAAAAACUGCUGAAGAUCCUAGAGAAAGGGCAGCUCUUCUACUGACAACUCAUAAGGAAAUAAUUUACCACCUACUUAGGAUUAGAAGACAAGCUCAUUCUUAUAGUCUUCUGAAACAAAAUUAGGAUGGAUUGGAGAGAUGAAUAUUCCCAUAAUUCUUUUGACCUACAUUGUUUGUUAAAUUCAUUUCCUGGAGACUUGGAGUUUAAGCAGAUCUUCAAUGACAUUGAUGAAAAGAUAGAACAAAAUGCCAUAAGCAUAGAACACUGCAUUAAAGAAAUACAGUCUGAAGUUAACAAACAGUGUCCAGAUGUGCAGCUACGAACAACAACUGACUGUUUUGAAUGGCUAAAUAAUUAUAAUUAUAAUUCAUCCAAGUCACCAUCCAUUCCCCAUGGAGAUAUGAUAAAAUUUCUCAAAGCACUGCAAAAUUUGUUGAAGAAUGAACAAAAUCAAGAAGAAAUGGUAUUGGAUUUACUUUGGGACCUCUCCUGCCACAGCAGUGUUUCCUUCCCAUCCAUUCUAAGUGGAACAUCUUUCCAUUUCCUCUCUAGUACUUCUCUUCAUUCUGUUGAAGAUCAUUCCUCUAUGGAUGUAAAGUCUAUAUGGGAUGAUAUAAGACUACAUCUUCGACGCUUCUUAGUGAGCAAAUUACAAACCCACAAUGAAAUAAACAAUUCACAGCAAAAAAUACUGUUGAAAAAACAAUGCAUACAACAACUCUUAUUUCUUUAUCCAGAAUCAGAAGUUACAAUCAAGUACCAAAACAUACAGAAUAAACUGUUGACUAAACUUCUGCAGAACUGUUUUCCUUCUUACAGCAGAGAAGCAAAUUUAGACAUAAUGGCUGAUGGAUACCAAGGUACAAUGCUUAAGUUAUACUCAAUGAUAAAAGAGGAUUUUAACACACUAUGUGAAAUUUUAGCUCCAUCCUCAACAGUGAAAUUCAUUAAAGAAACUUACCUGGAUACAGUUACAGAAGAAAUGGCAAAAUUUCUUGAAAAUUUUUGUGAGCUGCAGUUCAAAGAAAAUGCUGUCCGUGUGAUUAAAACAAUCAAGAGCUCCAGCAGGCAUAGAGGAGCAGUGCAUGCUUUGGUUACUCCUGAAUGCCCACAGAAAGGAAGAAAUGUUUUCCUCUCCUUAGAUGAACUCGAGUUCUUAUCACAGCUCGUAAAAUCCUUUUUGAAGUUGGAACAAAAUGUCCAGGAAUUAUUUGAAGAAAUAUUUUUAUGGCUCAAGACACCCAGGAAUACUUCAGAAAUUUUGGAGACAUCCAGUAGAGAAGUUGUAAUAGAGAAACCUAGAACAAAGGAAACCAGUAUUCCUUCAGAGCAAUUGCUACCAGUAAAAGAGGCUACUUUACUAAAUUUUGGCUGGAGAAGUGCAUUUAAAGAAGUGUCUCUUCCCAUGGCACAUUGUAUAACAACAGCCAUUGAAGACUUUUCCGCAAAAAUUCUCCAACAGGAACAGAAUGAAAGGUCUUCAGCUAUGAGCUAUGCUUUGAACCUUGUAAAUGUCCAGCAAGUUUGGCAAGAUAGCCGUGUGGUUCCUGAGGCAGACCAACCAAAGAAAAUUGCAAAGUUUUGUUCUGACAUCAUGGAAAAACUUGACACAAUCCUUCCACUGGCUCUGGCAUGCAGAGAUGAUUCUUUUCAGGAAAUUAGAGCAAACUUUGUGGAGGCCUGUUGUAAAGUGGCAACAGCUGUCCUGGCCAGACUGCAAGAGAGAGGCAAGGAGUUUCCUUCCAAAGCACCCCUGAAAAACUUGUACAUGCUGCUCUCCACGGCAGUGUAUGUCUUCCAGCAUUUUAUGCAAUAUGAUAAUUUGAUGAAAGAAAAUACUAAGAAACCCAUAUUCCUGGUACCUGUCCAACGAUAUCAGGAAUUCAUCAACACUCUACAGUUUCAGGUUACGGACUACUGCGUCAGAGUUUGUGCUACAAGCAUUUUACAGGAUGCUGAGAGCCACCACUGGGAUGACUACAAAGCUUUUUAUGAGGGGGAAAGAUGCUCCUUCUCGCUCCAGAUGUGGCAUUAUUUCUUCUGGGCGCUUCAUCACGAUCUCUGGACCAUUCUGCCCCCUAAGUUAGCCCAGGAGAUUCUAGCAGAAGUGCUGGAGAAAUCUUUGGGUCUCCUGGCCUCCAGAUAUGCUCGGGCCCAUCCCAGUUAUAAGAGAACUCCACAGAUAAGACUUGAUGUCACAACAAUUUUAAUAUGCACUGAGAACAUGUUAUGGUCAGUUUGCACAUCUGUACAGAAGCUUUUGAAUCCUCAUGAGUAUGUAGAUGAUAAAAUUUUAAAAAUUCAUACCCAUUGUAAUAAUCUCUUCACAACAUUAGUCAUUUUGACUUCACCACUAACUGAAUUAUACCAGACUUUUCAGCAUGGCAUGGACGAUUCUGCCUCAGAUUCCUUAAAGCCAUUUUUCAAGCAACCAUUGCAUUGGCUUUCUUGCAUAUCACAUUUCUACCCUUCUUUACUCAGGACUCCAUCAGCUGGACGAUUGACAGCCGAGGGUCAGUUGAAACUGCUGUUAUCCCAGCCAGGCUGUAAUUGGAACCUGCUUCUGGAAACCCUACUGCAUCAUGAUGGUCUUUUACUGAGAAUCUUGCUAAAGAGCUCAAAACGCACCUUUCAAGAACAGAGUUCUGAUACAGAAAGUAAUGUGAACCAAGGAUCCAGCUUGAUAGAAGCUAUCUUUAAAGUAUUGUACCACUGCAAUUUUUCUCCACAAACAUUUGGAAAUGUUUUUGUGAGUUACAUGGAAGAAGAACAUUUAUGGGACUUUUUAUAUAACAUUCCAGUCUCAACGUGCAUGGAGUCUGAGGUAGAGGUCAUCCGAUGCCUGAGACUGGCACUGACUGACGCCGUCAAGGACAUUGUGCUGCAGAUAAUAUCUGUGCUGAGCUCUUGGAGAAACUGUGAGACAAGCCUAAACAAGCACAGUGUUCUUGAAUGUCUGCGUGAGAGCAUUCCAAGAGAAUGGAAUUAUACUCCAAAAGAAACCAAAAGGAAAGAAUCAAGAAAAGGCUUCACAAGGCUUGCCGCUCAGGCAGUAUCUAUUGUAAUCAGCAAGUUACCUACGGUGAUUGCAUGUUUGCCUCCCCCAGUUAAAUACUUCUUUUUUCUGGCUGAGAGAAAAAUGUCAAAAAACUUUGUUGAAUUAAAGAAAGCUGGCCUGCUUGUCUGGAACUUGAUUGUAAUUAUAUGUCGGAUAUUUGAGGAUGGAAACACUGUGGAACUUUUAACAGGUGCCUCCCUUGACAGAUGGAGUAAAGAGAAACUCAGUUUAAUCUGUGUGUGUUUGGAAAGCAUCAUGGGAGAGCAGACAAGUAGCCCUAAUCAAAUGACCCAAAAGGUCAUACGGAGCAUUGAGCAGCAAAAACCCAACUGGAUUGAAUGCCAAUUGUUGAAAGCAAGGAAACUGAGCACCGAAUGUGCAUUUAUGACAAUAGAGGAAAGCACAGCCUUAGAAGAAGGAGAUAUUGCUCUUGAACUGACUGAGCAGAAAAUAAACAUGAUGGUCCUGGAUAUCUGCCACAAACCAGGUGGCAGCGAGUACCUGAGGCAAAUUUAUCACAUCAUGCGGCUCAAUGAGGAGCAUUUAAAAGAACAGCUGUUUUCUAUGAAUGGUUCAGAGGAAAAGCCAUUUCGCAUUCAACCUUUAAAGAUGACCUUGAGGAGUGUGGAAGAUCAGCCCUCUGCCUUUAACCCUUUCCAUGUGUACAAGGUGUUUAGCGAAAACAUGCUUGAUCAGUCAGCUAUCACAAAAUGGAACUGGAAUUGGUCAAACUUGCUGCCAAAUUAUCUGGGACUGGAUAAGACGACCUUCAAUGUACUGCUCAAAAACAGGUUUUUUCUUUCAAGAGUGUCAUUGCAAGAGAAUUAUAUGAAUAGCAGUCCAUUGUGUGAAGGUACCACUGUCUGUUCAUCCACUUACCUGUUAAAGAACCUUUGGGUCGUUUCCAGUAUUUGGUGAUUGUGAAUAAAGC